UCAGGGUUCCAAAAGAAAAAAAAUUGUAGUUAUUGUGGUAUCAAAUGCUGUUUUGCUUUGCUCUUUAUUGCUUUUCUUUAUGGUCCAUUCCAGAUCCCCUCCAGCCUAGCAGCACCCACCCAGCCAAUUGCAUGCAUGAAGACAAUGUCCUGUUCUGCAUCUGCUCCUUUCAGUCCCAGGUACCAGCCCAGAUCCAAUGGCAAAUGGAAGGAGAGACCCUCAGUGGCAAUAGCACCAAAGGAGCCCUGCAGAUCAUGUCUUGGGUCCAUACAAAUGAGAUUGUCAGCUCCUUGAAUUAUAGUGGAAGCUUGGAAAGGGGACAACCCCUCAUCUGUCUUGGAUCCAAUCCUUUUGGAACCUAUGCUGUGCACUUCUGGCUCAGCUCCCCAACAAAAGGUGCCUAUGUGACAAUCCUUGUUUCUGCCGUCUGUGGUUCUUUGAUUACAGCAAGCGUUUUCUUGCUUGGCCUCUGCUUAUCCAGGCUUCAGAAGAAGCAGAAGGAGGAGGAAGAGAAGCAAGAAAAGGAGAAAAAGUCUUCAUUCAACAUGAGAGUCCACCAGACCAUGGAUGAGAACAGUGCCAUCUACUGCAAUAUGCAGCUUGUGAGAGGUGAUGCCAGAUCCAAGUUUGAGAGGAAUCUUGGACACAAAAGUGUUUCCAACUAAGCCUCAGUCCACUUACCUAUUAUUGCCACUUCCAGGACACUUGCCUUCUUUCUCCGAACCCAGUAUGUGCCAUUGAUUAAAGAAGAGAUAGGGAUUUUUAUUGGUUAGAUGUACGUAAAUUGUGACAUUUCACAAUUGCAUACAUACAACAAAAUAUUAAUUUUACCUCAUAUAACACAUUCAGUUGAUUAAAAAAAGAGAUAUAAGUGAAUAUGUGACACUGCAGCCAUAAUAGGACUGCAAUCCUUAUCAUAAUAGCAUGAUGAAAGGUGAACUGUCUUGGGAGCUGAAUCCCAUCUAUAUGGUCAUGUGUCCAACAUUCAGGAUAUAAAAAGAAGAUGUGCAAUGACUGGAACUUUCUGAUAUUUCCACUUGCUUUUCUAGCUAUUGGUCAUUUGGAAAACACAUGCAAGCAAGCAGAAGCAAAGAAAAGAAGUACAGAGCUUGGAAGGUCUAGAAGUUUAUAGUGGCCUCUGUGUUGGAACAUUAGCCUCUGAAGAUGCUCAUAGAAUGGCAAAAUUGGCCUCAUCCAAGUAUAUUUUUCAAUUGAGUGCCUUAUUUUGGAGUAUUCCUAGAUUUCCAAUGAGAUUUCUAAUGGACUAGAAAGGAAGGCUGGAAUAAAUCAAUAACAUUCCAUACUCAUACACCUAGAAUUGGAAAAAUGUGUUCACGUGUGAUAAAAUAGUUGUUUGGACAACCAUCCCCCCCUUUUGCCAAAAAAGUAUAACUUUCUGAGGUUGACAAAGCAAGAAAUACUCUGUAGAUUUUUUUUAAAAAAAACUUGCAUAGUGAUAGGUGUCUUAAGAUGUUUUUUGUUACAAAUUGAUUUAAUCCAUUACAAAAAAGUAGAGAUAGCAAGUGCUGUAAUUCAGAAACUAUUGACAACUCUCCAAGUGACAAUUUUGUAAAAUGGCUUUAUUUCUUUGAGAGGUCUAGGACUGUAAUUCUUCAACAAUGAAGUUAUCAAAGGACACAAUAAGCAAUUUUAGCCAUUUUCUUUGCAGUGCAGAAAAAAACUUCAAAAGCUUCAGUUUCUGAAGACUACUUACAUUUUGGGAGUUAUUCUGUACUUGACUAGUUUCCAACAAACCUCACAACCUCUGAGGAUGCCCGCCAUAGAUGUGGCCGAAACGUCAGGAGAGAAUGCUUCUGGAACAUGGCCAGGCAGCCCUGAAAACUCACAGCAACCCAUAUUACUGUUUGUCUAAAACAGUGCACUCCUCAGGUUCUCCUUAAUUACUUGUUUUCUAAACACAUGUUCUUUGUCAGAG